ACACAAACACUUCUUCUGUCCCAUUGGAUUAGAGAGGUUCCACAAUAUACAAAAACCUUCCUUCCAGUCAUCCACCCUCUCUCUCUAUUUCUUCCUGGACCCAGACUCCUCCACUGCAGAGAAGAUGGAGUUGCUGAGUCACUAGAUCGAUUCCUACGACAGUGUCUCCAGGACUAUCCGAACCUACGCAGUCAGCUACUGAGAGAGAUGGUUGCUACACUCGCCAAAACACCACCUGUCAGUCAAUCUUCUUACCAAUUGAUUGGAACUUGGAAAUGACUACAGAACACACACCUGUUUCCUUACAAUUACGUGACGCUUUGCAGGCAGCAUUAUUAAUAGAUCGUUUACAGUGGAACUUAGCUCUAACUCUAGGCCACAAAACAUGUAGCUUCCUUUUAUAUUACGCUUGUUUCAAUCCUAUUAGGUACUGUUUUAACCCAGAUUGCAUGGUCUGCUUUAAUCUCACAUGCACUCAUGAUGACAGGGUGGGCCUCCUUCUGCGGUAUCACUCUUCCAACAGAUGGUGUUUGGGAAAAGGAGUGAGUCUGAGGAAGCUCUAGAGAGUUGCAGCGUAUGUGGAGAUCUCAUCACAUCCGUGAAGAAGUGUUCUCGAUGCAAACAAGCCCUCUAUUGUGGAGUGGAAUGUCAGACGCUAGCAUGGACGGUGGGCAACCAUCGAAAACUGUGUAAGAUAUGGACCACUAUACGUGAUGCUGAGAAAGACACUAAGACAACAUCAGAACGUUAACAUUAGCGAUAAAUAUGUAACAGAGCAAUGUAUAGAAAGAUUUUAUUAUGGUGAGCAGCAUUACGAGUAUAUAAUAAUUAUGACCAUCAUAAACAUUGUCCUUGUGGGCAGCCUGAGCAAUAAUAACCAAAAUUAUGCACAUGAUAUGUGUGUCCAAAAAUCAAAGUGUGAAGCUCUGAAUCAAGCGUUAAGAGUCAAAACUCGGCCAUCCUACCAGUAGCGCCUUCUGUAUUUCUGAGAUCGACGUCCAGCCCAGUUUCCCAGCCAGUAGGUGAUAGUCGGCCUUGCAAACCGGGCAGUUCACGUUCCCCUCCAGCC